CCAGUAUAUCCCUGUACAUCUUGGAUCACAGUCCCAUCUUUCCCACUUCCUUCGCUCGUUACUAAAGGAAAUCGAUAUCUUGUACCUGAUUCAAGGUAUAUUCCAGUCACUCACGAUCCAAUGGAGGACACUUCUAGAGAUAUUCAAGACGAACCAGACCUAGAAGUCGGACCCGAACCACCCAAGACUGGUUCUGGUUCAGCUUCUGCUUCUGGUACCGAUACACCACCAAGCCCAAAGACUGCUGCUGCAGCUUUGAAGAAGGACAAGGCGCGAGUGCGAUUCAACAGCAAUGCUGCCGCAAACCCUCCACCAAAAUCAUCUACUCCUCCUCCUGCUGCUGGAGGCCCUAUCGCGAAGCCCAGGCCAUCACUUUUGCGUGGCAGUUCUGCAGAGGCCGUGAAGACUCUUCACGAUGCCGAGCAUGAGUCAGAUCCCGAGUCCAAGGAGGCGAUGGUGGCGGCCCAGGAACGUGCCCGUAUAAUGGCGGCAAACAUCCACAAUGAUUCAUCAGCCAUUGACAGAGACUCACUCGAAUCCAGCACUGGAACAGCCGCCUGGGACAGUCCUUAUGGUUCCAGUAUCCCACUCCAGACUCUCAACGAAGGUAGCAGCAGCCGAGAAGGUUUCCACAAGCUUCCAUCUGAGGAGCAAGAGGCGCAUGGCUUGAAGGAAGAAGCCUUCAAGCUUGUUCGAGCACACACUCAGCGAUUUGGACCCAGCAGCACUGGUCACCAGACACCAGACAAAAAGGACACAAAACAGGAAGAAAGAGUCCCCUUAACCGAAGUAUAUGACGGAAACUUUGAUGGAGUCUUAUACGAUGUUCCAGCACCUGAACAAUAUCGUGGAAGCGUACUAUCUCAACUUUUGAAGCUCUACAAACCCCCAGAUCCUCCUUUCAAAGGCUCGCACCACCGAACUGCCUCUACUUCCUCAGUUCUAAGUGAAGCCGGUACCCCUACAGUUCAAGGAACGCCAUCUGGAGCAUCUACGCCAAAGCGAAAAUGGUACGAUCAGAACAAGUCCCAGGACACUCUCGCCAACCUCAUCGAGGCCUCAUCGCGACUCGCCAAUCCCAAUGACCCGGAAGAUAAGAGAAAAAAGCCUUCUGGAAAGAAGCCACAAAGACCUGGCCACAAGCGAACAACAAGCGCGAACCGCCUCAGUGGUCUCUGGCAACAACAAGAAGCACGCAUCACAGUCCAUAUUGCCGAGACUCUGGCCCGACAGGACUAUAUCAUCAAACUCUGCCGUGCUCUCAUGCUUUUUGGAGCUCCUACGCAUAGACUAGAGGAGUAUCUUAGCAUGUCUGCCAGAGUUCUCGAAAUCGAUGGUCAAUUUCUAUAUCUUCCCGGAUGCAUGAUUAUCUCUUUCGACGAUAGAUCGACUCAUACCACCGAAGUCAGAAUUGUCCGCACGUCGCAGGGUAUUGAUCUAGGCAAGCUGAAGGAUGUCCAUCUUAUCUACAAGGAGGUUAUGCACGAUGUUGUCGGUGUUGAAGAAGCUACCGAGAAACUCGAGACCUUGAUGAAGCGCAAGGACAAGUUUCACAGGUGGCUCAGAGUUGUCAUGUUUGGACUCAUGAGUGUCUGUGCUGCCCCUUUCUCCUUCGGAGCUCGUCUCAUCGAUCUCCCUCUCAUCUUCGCUUUCGGCUGUCUUAUUGGAGUACUCCAGCUUAUUGUGGCCCCCAACUCUGCCCUCUAUAGCAAUGUCUUCGAAGUUUCUUCCACCAUCAUCGUCAGUUUCUUGGCCAGAACGUUUGGCAGUAUCUCGAGUGGAGGCGAAGAGAUCUUCUGUUUCGGCGCUUUGGCGCAGGGCGGUAUUGUCAUGUUGCUGCCCGGUUACAUGGUUUUGUGCUCCGCUCUCGAACUCCAAUCUCGUGCUAUUGUCCCCGGUUCGAUUCGAAUAGUCUACGCCGUCAUUUACUCCCUUCUCCUCGGAUUCGGUAUCACUGUUGGUUCCGCUCUUUACGGAUUAUUCGACAGUAACCCGUCCAACACUACAACUUGUCCCGAUGCCAUGAACCCCUACUACGGCUUCAUUUUCGUGCCAUUCUUCGUCAUCAGCAUGUGUAUUGUCUACCAAGCCAAAUGGCGCCAGAUGCCCGUCAUGGUCAUCGUUUCAUUCGCUGGUUACAUGGUAAACUACUGGAGUGGACAGAGAUUCAAGUCUAGCCCUCAAAUCUCCAGCACACUGGGUGCAUUGGCCGUUGGACUCCUUGCCAACCUCUAUUCUCGACUCCGACACGGUGUUGCAGCAGCAAUUCUUAUUCCAGCAGUGUUCUGUCAAGUGCCUGGAAGUCUUGCAUCCACUGGAGGAUUGCUUAGUGGUCUACAAGUCGCCAACUCUAUCACCAACGCCACUGGUGAGAUCAAUGGAACCUCCUCUGUUCAGUUCCAGCAGGGCUCGAACCCUGAAAACUUGGUUUUCAGCGUUGCUGCGUCCAUGAUUCAGAUCGCCAUCGGUAUCGCCGUAGGUCUCUUCAUGAGCUCUUUGCUCAUCUACCCUCUGGGCAAGCGCCGCAGUGCCUUGUUCAGUUUCUAAUUGCUUUAUUUGUUUCAAGUUCAGCGCAGCAUCAGCAUCGGCAUUAGCAUUGGGAAAUCAUUUAUCUUUUGUGUUACAGAAAAGUUGUGCAUUUACAUAUGGUACAUGUUUUGAGACAUGUUUUUUAAAGCGAUAAAAAACAGGAAUUGGGCAAUGGCGUGGUCAUUGUGAAUUAGGUCUUGGUUAGCGCUGGUCUUUUGCAUAAAGAAUGGGUUUAAAUUCAUGGAAAGAAUGAGUGGCUGGUUCUGAUGAGAGCAUUCACGGCUUAAGAUAGGUGACUGGAGAUCAUAACAAUAUCAUGAUAUUUACUCCUAUAUCUCGAA